GUAAAAUCUGAAGCUGAACCAGACGAUAACCGAAGAACCUUGAGAGCGAGAGAGAGAUUAAGGGUGGUGUUCGUAUUCUUCUUCCCUUCUCCGGCGGCCAAAAACUCAAAUCUCAAUCGGAGAAGAGAGGAAAAUAAGCGAUAAGAUCAGAUAAAGUUGUGCAACGAUGUCGAAGAAGAAAGCGCCUGCUAAAACCAUGACGCUUAAGGACUUCCAUGGCGGCUCCAUACCAUCUGAUCUUCCUCUCCCUUCCGCUCCUGGAGUGAUUCCGAAGAUUACUGCGGAUCGACCUGUUUUUGAUAGAGCGCCUUUGGGAAACUCGAUCGGCCGACCGGAUCAGAGAACAAGGCCGAGUUCGUCUCAUACCAUUAGAAAUUUUGAUGAUAAGUCACUGUUUCUGCCUCACACCACGAAUAUUGGACGCAAUUUCAACGAAGAUGAACGGAAGCCUCUGGAUGAUCACUCGGCUCCCCGUCGAAUGGUCAGUGAUGAUGUUUUCCGGGUUGCGAAUAGCCGUUUUGAGGUCAAAGCAGACUCGGUUUUAACUGGGAGACAUAGCGGUUGGUCAGCACUGGCUGGUCCUUUCCCUGGGAAGGUGAGUGAUAUGACUCAUUCUGUGACUGGGACUGGUAAUGGCGAGAACUCGGUGUCAGGAACUCACCCUAAUAUUCGGACUGCGAGGAAGGAGGUCCCAGUGGCUAACAAUGAGCCUGGACAGUCUCCAUGGACUACACAACCACCUGUUUCUAAUUUGGUCCAUACAAGUGCGCUUGAGCAAGUGAGAUGGCAGACUAAGCUUUUGGUUCCUUCUCAGAUGGGUUUUGAUGUUGUUAAGCAUCCAGAGAUAGAGAGCAGAGGCUAUCUGACUAAUAACCCUGUGACUUAUCAAGGGGAUGAGCCUCAUGGAACACGUGUAGAACGGGGCCUGAUCGCUGAAGAUGGGAUCCAGGGUGGGAAAAAGUUCUCCCGUGAGUAUGAUAAAAUCCCUGGUCCAACUUAUUUGGACGUUAAGGAAGCAAAAGUUGUAGCAAACGGCAGCAAUAGGCCUCGUCAAAGUUAUUCUGACGUUAGGCCUGCUGGACAUUUAGUGCAACCAAUUGCCCCUUCUGAAGCCGUGGAACGGCCUAAGCUGAACCUACUGCCUCGGACAAAACCUCUUGAAAGUGUUGAGAAACCUGUGAAUGAUGGAAAACUGGAAAAUGGUGCUUCAAGUCUUGUUCAACGUGAAGCUGGUUAUGUGAAACAGAAAAGUAUGAACAUUUCAAAACCUGGUUUGUCUGCAGAUGAAAUUUCUAACCAGCCGGUUGAGUUGCCCAAGGUGUACCUGAAGCCUGUGACACAGUUGCUCGAGCAACCAGAAGUUAAGACUGAAAAGGAAAGAAGUGCGGUUUUUGGCGGUGCUAGACCACGAGAGCUGGUGUUGAAGGAGCGAGGCAUUGAUGAGACGGAGCAUCACAAAUUGGAGCAACCGUUAGAAAGGAUGGUCAUCAAACCCAUUGAAAGAGUUCCAGAGCACACAAACCAAAGGCCAAAGAGUUCUCCUCGUGACCUGAGAACGAGGAAAUUCGACCAAAAGGACGUUCGAGGUGUAAGCGAUGUUGCCAGAUCGGAAACGCAGAGGAGAAACUGGCGUGAUAAUGAUAUCAAGAGCACAAGACAGCAACAGCAGACUCAGGAGAAGACGAGACAUCCAUCACCAGAGACAUGGAGAAAACCGGUUCCCCAGAAACCGGAAUCACCAGAUGGAACAAGGCUUCGUCCCGGGAAAGCAGCUUCUCCUCUUGAGCUAGCUCAAGCCUACUCUGACACUAAAUCCGGAACUGGAAGCAACAAAUUUAACAUGACCCGUAACAACCAAUCGCAGCAACCGUUACCGUUCUCUCGGUUGGUAGGAUCGACAACGACGACACCAAGACAGAUUAAUGGCUACUGAGUCAUUGUUCAUUCGUUCUUUCUUCGAAUUGGUUUUAGUUCCGACUAAUUGGAUCUUAAUUUCUCCAACACAUCUCAUGUGGGUGGUUUAUGGGAAUGUUUCCCUUCAGUAGUACAAUUAUAUCCACAAAUGUUACAAAACGGGAAAUUAUUAGUACAAUUGUUUUGUUCGACAAGAAAUUAUUUCUAAUUUUUGUA